GUGACUAUACGGGUAGUAGAGGCUGCGGUUGGAAAUUACGGGAAUGGCAAGGAAGUGAUGGCACUGCUUCUCGACCGGCGAGGAGACCAGAUCACCAUCACCAAGGAGGUGGUGAAGGCUGCGGCUGGAAAUUACGGGAACAGCAAGGAAGUAAUGGCACUGCUUCUCGACCGGCGGGGAGACCAGGUAACUAUCACCGAGGAUGUGGUGGAGGCUGCGGCCGGAAAUGAAGGGAAU